UGUCAGAAUCAAUUUUCUAACCUCAAAAUUGAUAAAUUUCUUGUUUACCUUUUGCCCUUGGUAUAUGAAAUUUAAAAUAAUAGCUGUAAUAUUAUGUAAAUAGUUCAAAUUAAAUAAAAGUGUUGAACAUGGCGCUCAGUAUAAAACCAUUUAAAAGUUAUCGAUCGCUAUUUUGCCUCGGUCGGAGUUACUGUGAAAAGUCUAAAUAUGAAAUUGAAGAAGAGGGACCGAAGCCCCGAAUGGUAUAUGGAAAGCCAUACCCAGAAUGGAGAAAGCCGUGGAUACAACGAGAUGGAGAGUUUAGAACCAAACUGUCUGUUUUCGUGGAAAAAAAUCCAAGUCCGGAUAUAUUAAAGUUUAUGUCGAGCAUACCUAACUUCAGUUUUAAGGUCUUCAAAGAAUGGUAUGCUGAAAUGAAGGAACUACAAGAGAUAGAAAAUCAAAAGUAUUUGCCUAAAAGAACUGCUACACUUGGGUCAAACCUAGGAGCAGUGCAUUUCUUUACAUAUCGGCAGUGUGCAGUCAGGUUGAAGGGUUCCCAAGAAUGGAUAUCUGGAGAUAUAGAAACACUAAACCUCCCUGAUCGUUACACAGAUGGCUACCUUGUAGAAGCUGUAGACUGUACCAAUUUCCAUCAUAAUGGUAUCCGAUACGAGGGUGUACAGAACCUGUCGAACCUACACUGCCUGAAGUGGUUACGUCUCAAGAACAACAAACACGUUGAUGUAUGGUGUAUUGAUAGAUUAGCGGGACAAAAUGGCCAUACCCUUGAAUACUUAGAUAUAAGCGGUUGUAAUAUAUGUUUAGGAACUAUUUUUGCUCUAGCUAGAAUGCCGGCACUGAAGUUUCUUGUUAUAACAGAUCCUGGUGAUGAUUUAAAGAUACAAGCUGCUCUGUCCAUGUUGGAGCAAGAAAAGCCAGGACUAUUAGUACAUGCGGUAUAAAAGUGAUUGUAAUUAAAUGUUGCUUAGUGAAAGUGUUAUUUUGUUAAUAAAUUAAUUAAAUGUUA